UACAGCAGCAGACGAGACCGAGCGCUCGACGCCACGACGUACACGCCGCGUAGAGCUAGAACGAGAAGCGCGCAAGUGCUCAGCGAUCACUGCGCCAGCAGCCAGCAGCACGCAGCGACCGCUGAGCCGCUGUAAGCACUCGCCACACAGCAAGGCAGCAAGGAGCAACUGAGAGAGCCAGGCGAGCAAAAGAAACGAUGCCCAAGGCCCGCUUCACCGUGAGCGACGUCGCCGCCAUGGCAAGAGAAGUGCGAGAAAGGUGCGGCGACUGGCGCGUCAACCAAAUUUAUGAUGGGGACGCCCGGACGUUCGUCCUGAAGCUGCAGCAGUCUGGAAUUCCAGAAAAACGCUUGUUACUCCUAGAAUCGGGCACGAAGUUCCUCGUCACCAAAUUCGAUGCGCGCGAAGAUCCACAAGCUAUGCCGUCGCCCCUAUGUUCGAAAUUGCGUUCAUCGUUAAAAGGCAAGCGUCUGACCGACGUGAAAGCGCUUGGUAGAGAUCGAGUCGUUUCCCUGCGCUUCGGCGCCGGGCCCGGCACGUUCAACUUAUUCCUCGAGCUGUACGCCGCGGGCAACGUCGUUUUGUGUGAUGCGUCGUAUGUCGUGGUCGCCGCGCUACGCACCGACAGCCUCAAAGUCGGCGACUCAUAUACUGUUGCGGUGCGGGCCGUGGCGCCGCCUUCAGAAUUACUGCCUGCUGAUGGACUACAAAAGUUCUUGGAAGAAGCUUUACGCACGCGCGUCCAGCGGAGCGAGGCCGCGGCGCUCGCGCAACAAACGAAGAAGAAGAAAAAAAGAAGAGGCGCCUGGACCCUCGCCCAGCUUUUGUUGGAUAGAGGUAGUGGCGUCGACGCCUACGGCAGUGAUGUGGUGGACCACUGUAUCGUAGCGUCGGGUCUCGACGGCUCGUUACCACUAGCCGAGCAGCCCGAGGACUACGUCCACAAACUCCACGCGUCCUUACGAGCCGCGCCAUCCUUGGCCGACGCCAUCACCACAGGCACUUGUGGCAAACCUCGUCUACUGUUAGAAAACGACAAAUUCGUCUCGUUCGCACCCGGCGUGUUUUUGCAGCACGAGGCCUACGACGUGCGAGAAUUUUCGUCGUUCUGCGAAGCGGUAGAUGAAUACUUCCGGGAAACGAAGGAAACGAAGUUACAAUCGAAAGCUAAAGAUGCUACCCAUGCUAUUACCGCGAAGGUCGAGAAGAUCCGCAUCGAUCAGAAACAGCGCGUUGACGAUCUAGAAGCUUCCCUAGCACUGAAAGAGAGAACUGCAUCGUUGUUAGAAGAACGAGCGGACCAGAUCGACGCCGUCGUGCAGGUGCUGAACAAUGCGCUACAGUCGGGCUUGCGGUGGGAUGAAGUACAAGAUUACGUGCGCGAGGAGCAGGCGAAGGGCUCUCCCCUCGCGUCGUUAAUUCAAGAAAUUGAUUUUGAACAACGAGUAGUGACAGUGGCACUAGAUGAGUGUUCCGCAAAAGUCUCGCUCGAUGAAAGUGCGCGCGCCGCAUCAUCCACACUAUGGUCGUUGGCAAAAAAAGCUAGGAUGAAGGUCACAAAAACGCAGGAGGCUUCCGUCUCUGUCAUCAAAGCGGCCGAGAAACAAGCCGACAAUAAGUUGAAAGCAAGGGCCUGGCAGCAGGACGCAUCGCGCCUGAAAAGACAGAAAUCCACACAAGCGUGGUUCCAGCGCUUCGCCUGGUUCGUUUCCUCCGAAGGGUUCUUAGUGGUCGCCCCUAGGGACAAAGGACAAUGUGAACAAGUUUUAUUUGGUGGGGUUCUCCGUCCUACCGAUGCUCUGGUGCUCUGCGAACAGAACGGCCCCCCUACAGUAGUACGAGCUAGGAAUGGUGUGUUAUCACCAUUGGCCCUGCACGAGGCCGGGUGCUUCGCGGCGUGUCGCUCGGACGCGUGGCAGCGGCGGGAUCGCGCGCCGGCCUAUUGGGUGCCCGGGUUUUCUGUGCGGCGCGUCGGCUCAUCUAAUAGUACGCAAGUGCUGAACGUGCUGGGAGACGUAGCGAUUUCAUCUGGUACGAAGAAGACGUAUUUACCACCUACUCAACUAGAGCUCACUUUCGCGCUGCUCUUCAAGCUCUCGGAUGACAGUCUGGAGGCGCAUUCAGGUGAUAGGCCCGGUCGCGUGCCCGACGAGGAAUUGUUGCGGUUGACACCGUCGGAAGAAGCUACGGAAAGUGAGGAGGAGGUUGCGCCUGUUGUUGUCGAGGACGCUUUGCCGCCCGCGCCGGAGCCGCACUUCGCGCGUACCGGCCUGUGUGGAAAUCGACGCGCGUACCGGGCACGGGGACAAUGUCGCGUCGAUGGCGUGGAAUCGCCGCGCCAUCGUGCGGACGCGUCGCGUCGGUGUGGCGCCCAAAAUUUGAUUUCCACACAGGUACCGGCAAACUCACGGCGAGGGAGCGCAAGCUCCUCAAGAAGUAUGGCGGUGAUAUCGACGCCAUGCGCGAAGCGGAGCAGCGGCGCAUUGGGUCUAGAACGAGAGAGGGUAGACGGGCACCGUCGCCCGAGCCUUUGCCGGUAGACGAGGAGGAGGAAGUGCCGUCACCUGUGCAACAGAAGAAGACUAGUAGAAGACAGCGCGGCCAGAAGAAGAAGAAGAAUAGACGGAGGGACGACUCGUCUGAGGACGAGGGACCGCGCGUGCCGCUGCGGUUGCAGAAGGUGCCCACUAUAUCUCGUAAAAAGAAGACGAAGAACGAGGGUUUGGAAGUAUUAAUAGGGAUGGGCUUCGCUAGAGAUGCCGCCGCCGCAACGUUAGCCGCACAUGAUGGUGAUGUAAAUGCCGCCGCGACGGCGUUGUCCGCCUUUGAUCAAGAAGAGGAAGCACCGCCAGCACCACCGUCGACGGCGGAGUUGCUGGACGGGACUUCAUCUCAAGCCGUAGCUCGAUUAGGCCCGCUCGCGUCAGACGCGUGGGCGCGCUGUACGAGGGAAAUUCCAGCAUUGGACGAAGCGGCGAUGGCUUAUGAAUUACACAGAGUGGCGGAUUUGAAUGACGACGCGAAGGCUUGUCAGGUUUUUGAGGCCUUUUUAACGGCCGACGUCGAGGAGCGGGAGCGAAAUGAUAGAAGGAGAAACGAGGCCGCGGCUCGCGAAAAGCGCACUGGAAUCGCAAGUGAUUUCGUGGAAGCGCCUAGGAACCUGCCCGCCCUACUCUCGGGCAUCUGCCGACGAAUUGCAAGAGGCGACGCCCCGAAGACGACGAAAAGUGCCGGUAUUGUUAUUGAGGGAGACGACGCCGAGCAUGUCGCGAGGUUGACGGGGACGCCCCUACCAACCGAUUCAUUAACAGAAGCCGUCGCCGUGUGCUGUCCUACGAGUGCUUGUAGAGGAUUUGCGCACUCCCUCAAACUGCAGCCGGGGGGGACGAAGAAGGGUCGGGCCGCGCGCGACGCUCUUGAAAUAUUAGCGAGAGCGGCUUCUGAUCAUGUGGAUUUGAUACGAGACGUCGACGCGAACGAGGCGAUCCUCGCGCUGGUGGGAAACACGCGCGUGACGCAUCAAGCGGCUUCUCAACUAAAAAAGGAUCGAGCGGUGGAUGAAAAACAAAACAAGAAGAAGAAGAAAACUAGUGUGUAAGUAAUGUUACUGGAG